AUGCAAGGAUGUAAAGAACACUACAAACGGAGGAAACUGUCAGCCAGAGCCAGCGUACACACGCUCGCUACUUGGAUACACGAGCAACUCACACUCAUCUCUGCACACGAAGAUGGGGAAAGACACAAGUCCGAUUGGAAUGACAUCAACAUACUGGAACAAACGAGGGCGAAGAAAGGUCGCGAGUACAUGGAGGCCUGGUACUCCAUUGAUGGAGCAGCAAACAGACUCGUUGUGGUUGAUCCUGUUUAUCAAUCUUUGAGGACAAACGAUAUCCAGAAGGGAAAACCGGAACCAAGCAAGGAUUCAAGGGAGAAACCACCCAACGAGAACAAGCACGCGCAAGUCAUUGACGAGUUGGUGUUUGUUUUUGUGAAAUUUAUGAGUGUACCGCGUCAAAUCUUAUAA